GCGCGACGGAAAAAGGAGAACGUCGCGAGCAACGCGCGCUUCUUCUCUCAGCGAGGGCUCCGUUCUGUGCUGAGAAAGGCGCCGCCGAGGAGGAAGGGAAGGGAAAGCAGAUAAGGGUCCGGCAACAUGGAUACAGAUCUGUAUGAUGAAUUUGGGAAUUAUAUUGGCCCAGAGCUUGAUUCUGACGAUGACGAUGACGAGAUGGGUCGGGAUUCAAAGGAUCUAGAUGAACUCGAUGAGGACGAUGAUGAUGAUGACAUUGGAGACCACGAUGAUGACCACCCUGGGAUGGAUGUGGUGCUGCACGAGGAUAAGAAAUACUAUCCAACGGCUGAGGAGGUUUACGGUCCAGAGGUGGAGACCAUUGUGCAAGAGGAAGACACACAGCCUUUGACAGAGCCUAUUAUUAAACCCGUGAAGACCAAGAAAUUCUCCCUCAUGGAGCAAACAUUGCCAGUCACAGUGUAUGAGAUGGAUUUCCUAGCAGACUUGAUGGACAACUCUGAGCUGAUUCGGAAUGUUACACUUUGUGGGCACCUACAUCACGGCAAGACUUGCUUUGUGGAUUGCCUGGUUGAACAGACUCAUCCUGAGAUCAGAAAGCGUUAUGACCAGGAUCUUUGCUAUACAGAUAUACUCUUCACUGAGCAAGAGAGAGGAGUUGGGAUCAAGAGCACGCCAGUGACCAUUGUUCUCCCAGACACAAAGGGCAAAUCAUUUCUCUUCAACAUCAUGGACACACCAGGUCAUGUAAACUUCUCCGACGAGGUCACAGCAGGUCUCCGCAUUUCUGACGGCGUGGUGCUCUUUAUUGAUGCUGCUGAGGGAGUCAUGCUCAACACCGAACGGUUGAUCAAGCAUGCAGUGCAAGAGAGGCUGGCAGUGACCGUGUGCAUUAACAAGAUUGACCGCCUGAUACUGGAACUGAAAUUGCCUCCUACUGACGCUUACUACAAGCUGCGGCACAUAGUGGAUGAAGUCAACGGCUUAAUCAGCAUGUAUUCCACAGAUGAGAACCUGAUUCUUUCACCACUCCUGGGCAAUGUCUGUUUUGCCAGCUCCCAGUACAGCAUCUGUUUCACGCUGGGUUCUUUUGCCAAGAUCUAUGCUGACAUGUACGGAGACAUCAAUUACCAGGAGUUUGCAAAGCGCCUUUGGGGAGACAUCUACUUCAACCCCAAGACGAGAAAAUUCACUAAAAAGGCCCCAACCAGUAGUUCACAGCGGAGCUUUGUGGAAUUCAUCCUUGAGCCUCUCUACAAGAUACUAGCUCAGGUUGUUGGGGAUGUUGACACCUCCCUGCCCCGGACUCUGGAUGAACUGGGGAUCCACCUGACCAAAGAAGAGUUGAAACUCAACAUCCGCCCCCUCUUGAGGCUCGUCUGCAAGAAGUUUUUUGGGGAGUUUACAGGCUUUGUGGACAUGUGCGUGCAUCACAUCCCCUCCCCAAAAGCGGGCGCAAAGACCAAGAUCGAGCACAACUACACAGGCGGAGUUGACUCGGACCUGGGAGAGGCCAUGAGCGAAUGUGACCCCGAUGGCCCACUUAUGUGCCACACCACAAAGAUGUAUAGUACGGACGACGGGGUCCAGUUCCAUGCUUUCGGCAGGGUGCUGAGUGGGACCAUCCACGCGGGGCAGCCUGUCAAGGUCCUCGGAGAAAACUACACCCUGGAAGAUGAGGAGGACUCACAGAUUUGCACGGUGGGGCGCCUCUGGAUCUCUGUAGCAAGGUAUCACAUAGAGGUCAACAGAGUCCCUGCUGGCAACUGGGUGCUAAUCGAGGGUGUGGACCAGCCUAUUGUGAAGACAGCCACCAUCACUGAGCCCAGAGGCAAUGAAGAGGCUCAGAUCUUCCGCCCUUUGAAAUUCAACACCACAUCUGUCAUUAAAAUAGCUGUUGAGCCUGUCAAUCCCUCUGAGCUCCCCAAGAUGCUGGACGGUCUGCGUAAGGUUAAUAAGAGCUACCCGUCUCUCACCACCAAGGUGGAAGAAUCCGGGGAACACGUGAUUUUGGGAACAGGCGAGCUGUAUCUUGACUGCGUAAUGCACGAUCUGCGAAAAAUGUAUUCGGAGAUUGAUAUCAAGGUGGCUGACCCUGUUGUCACAUUCUGUGAGACUGUUGUGGAAACCUCUUCCCUGAAGUGUUUUGCCGAGACGCCCAAUAAAAAGAACAAGAUCACAAUGAUAGCUGAGCCUCUGGAAAAGGGUCUGGCUGAAGACAUUGAGAAUGAAGUGGUGCAGAUAACAUGGAACAGGAAAAAGUUGGGCGAGUUUUUCCAGACUAAAUAUGACUGGGAUUUGCUGGCCGCCCGUUCCAUCUGGGCCUUUGGGCCUGAUGCUACUGGACCAAACAUCCUGGUGGAUGACACCCUGCCCUCAGAGGUUGACAAAACCCUUUUGGGUUCCGUUAAGGACAGCAUCGUGCAGGGCUUCCAGUGGGGGACCAGGGAAGGGCCCCUUUGUGAUGAGUUGAUCCGCAACGUGAAAUUCAAGAUCCUGGACGCUGUGAUCGCCCAGGAACCAUUGCACCGGGGAGGUGGGCAGAUCAUCCCAACAGCCAGGCGGGUGGUGUAUUCUGCCUUCCUCAUGGCCACCCCACGGUUAAUGGAGCCGUAUUACUUCGUGGAAGUCCAGGCCCCUGCAGAUUGCGUCUCUGCAGUAUACACAGUCCUGGCCAGGCGUAGAGGCCAUGUGACCCAAGAUGCACCAAUCCCAGGUUCCCCUCUGUACACCAUCAAAGCCUUCAUCCCAGCUAUUGACUCCUUUGGGUUUGAGACAGACCUCAGGACACACACCCAGGGACAAGCAUUCUCGCUGUCUGUCUUCCACCACUGGCAAAUUGUGCCCGGUGACCCCUUGGACAAGAGCAUUGUGAUCCGACCUCUAGAGCCCCAGCCAGCCCCCCAUCUGGCCAGAGAGUUUAUGAUCAAAACCAGGCGCAGGAAGGGGCUAAGUGAGGACGUGAGCAUCAGCAAGUUCUUCGAUGAUCCUAUGUUGCUGGAGCUGGCCAAACAGGAUGUGGUGCUGAACUACCCCAUGUGAUCAGGCCGUCCCCACUGGGCAGCAGCGUUUUCCCAGGCAAGGCUCCAGUAUCAUCCUCCUUGCCAUGUUAACUUCCUGUGUGUAAGACAUUGCUGUGUGUCUUUCAGUGCUGCAGUCCUAGGGCCAAAGCAGCUGUUUGCCACAGAGGUUUUGUGUUGCCAAGGCAGGCCCCCUGCCAUGUUGUGAACAAACCCCACUGAUCCAUCUGCCUUCUCUUGGCCAGACUUCAGAUUUGCCAAGUAUGUCUUGUACAUCCCCAAAAACCUGCCUCUGUGAGGAGAACUCGGUCUUCUGGGAGAUUUGAUACUUGAGUCCUCUUAGCUUCCCACAGUGAUGCUCUUUUCCCUAAUAAAAGCAGCUUUUU